CAUCCGUACAUCAUCGUCCCCAUCCUAUCCAAAUGCUCCUUGUCAAUCUGAAACAUAUACGCGAUUUCGUAUCUAUCUGUUAUCCAUCUCCGACUCGCUUUCUUUUCUCCGUCUGAAAAAUGGGUACAGUGGAAGGUCUCCAGCCGAUAAUUCACGCCCAAAUUUCGUUGAACUGGCAAUUGAAUCCCAAGUACUUUUACCGGCAGACAAUAGCCUCUUGCAAUCGUUGUUGGCUUUUCCAAGGGAGUUCGAGUAAUUUGAUCGUUAAUCCUUCGUUGCUCGGAGCUCCACCUAGGGUUUCUUCGAAUUUCCUGCAGAACAGGUGCCUCAGAUUUAGAGGGAUUAUAGUUAGGGCUAAUAGUUCAUGUGAACAAGGCACUGAUUCGAAUGACCCAAAGGAUGCUUCUACCACUGAGGGUAAAUCAUCUCCUGGUUCCGGUUCAAGUUCAGGUUCAUCUCGGAAAGAAAGUCAAGGGAAAGGGGACUUGUGGUGGUCGAAGUGGCGCUGGCAACCCAUAAUUCAAGCACAGGAAAUUGGAGUGUUAUUGCAAUUGGGGUUAGUUAUGUUCUUCAUGAGAUUGCUCCGUCCAGGGAUUCCUUUGCCUGGGGUGGAGCAAAUGGCUCCUCUUGCAGUUGUAAGUGUUCCUUACAGCGAGUUCUUGAAUAAGGUAAACACAGAUCAGGUUCAGAAAGUGGAGGUUGAUGGAGUUCACAUCAUAUUCAAGUUGAAGAAUGAAGGGAUGAGUGGUGUGAUUGAGAGCGAGGCUGGGAGUGGGAGCAGUAAGCUGCAGGAGUCUGAGCACACCAACAGGCUUUUGUACACCACAACACGGCCUGAUGAUAUCAAGACUCCUUAUGAGAAGAUGCUGGAGAAUAACGUGGAGUUUGGGUCACCAGAAAAGCGUUCUGGCGGGUUCUUGGGAUCAGCAUUGAUGGCUCUUUUCCAUGUUGCUGUCCUAGCUGGUCUUUUACAUAGGUCCAAUGUGAGUAUGAAUGCUGCUGGUCAGCUCAAGACCCGUAAAUCUGGGGGUUCUAAAGGAGAGCAUGUGCGUGAGCAAGGUGACAUUGUCACAUUUGCUGAUGUUGCAGGUGUUGAUGAGGCCAAGGAGGAGCUAGAAGAAAUAGUGGAAUUUUUAAGGAAUCCUGACAGAUAUACACGACUUGGUGCACGUCCCCCGCGAGGUGUUCUCCUGGUAGGCUUACCUGGGACAGGUAAGACACUCUUAGCAAAAGCUGUUGCUGGAGAAGCUGAUGUUCCCUUUAUCAGUUGCUCUGCAAGUGAGUUUGUAGAACUGUUCGUUGGAAUGGGGGCAUCUCGCGUGAGGGACCUGUUUGCUCGUGCAAAGAAAGAAGCUCCAUCAAUCAUUUUUAUAGAUGAGAUUGAUGCUGUGGCUAAGAGCCGUGAUGGUAAAUUCCGAGUUAGCAAUGAUGAAAGAGAGCAGACAUUAAACCAGCUGCUUACAGAGAUGGAUGGAUUCGACAGUAACUCUGCUGUCAUUGUUCUUGGCGCUACAAAUCGUUCUGAUGUGUUAGACCCUGCCCUUCGACGCCCCGGAAGGUUUGAUCGCGUGGUUAUGGUGGAAGCACCAGAUCGGACUGGUAGAGAAGCUAUUCUCAACGUACAUGUAUCGAAGAAGAAACUUCCUCUUGGUCAAGAUGUCGAUCUUGGUGAUAUUGCUUCUAUGACGACUGGUUUUACUGGGGCAGACCUUGCAAAUUUAGUAAAUGAGGCGGCUUUAUUGGCAGGACGGAAAACUAAGCUUCUGGUUGAAAAGUUUGAUUUCAUUCAAGCAGUAGAACGGUCAAUUGCGGUCUCUGUCUCACACUCUCUCUCCCUCUCCCUCCACUCUAUGUUUGCGGCACACACGCUCACUCACAGUCUCACCAACACACAAACACUGCACAUCUACCUGUUUGUCCCUUGGAUUCUCUAAUGUUUCUUGGAUUUAUAUCUUUUAUAUCUUGGAUAUCUCUCAUUUUUCCAGUCUCUGAAACUUCUUCAGGUCUUGCGCUUUACUUACGGCCUGUUUACAUGGGAGGGUUUUGAAGGGGCUUGUGGGAUUAGUCAAUACUAUAUGUUCGUAUAACAUUUGGAUCAGAAUCUAUUCUCCAAAGCCUUCCCUUUCAAAUCCAUCCCCAACCUUCCAUCCAAACAGAUCCUUAGGCAGUAAAUAACGUAGUUGUACUUAUAUUACUCAGUACUCGUUUUGCAUUUGUAGACUGUUGUAUUAAACCAUUAAUGUAAAUAUGACCCUAAUGAACUCCAUUCGUAAUGCUACAGGGAAUAGAAAAGAAGACUUCAAAGUUGCAGGGAAACGAGAAAGCUGUAGUUGCACGUCAUGAAGCAGGUCAUGCAGUAGUAGGUACUGCUGUUGCAAGUCUUCUCCCCGGGCAACCACGGGUUGAGAAACUAAGCAUACUGCCUAGAUCUGGAGGGGCACUAGGAUUCACUUACAUCCCUCCAACCAAUGAGGACAGAUAUUUGCUGUUUGUUGACGAACUCCGUGGGAGAUUAGUCACUCUUCUUGGGGGGCGUGCUGCUGAAGAAGUGAUCUAUUCUGGACGUGUUUCCACUGGUGCACUGGACGACAUACGCCGUGCCACAGAUAUGGCAUACAAGGCAAUUGCGGAAUAUGGUCUGAAUGAGACUAUAGGCCCUGUUUCAUUGGCAACUCUUUCUGGCGGUGGUACGGAUGAUUCAGGAUCUUCCCUCUGGGGAAAAGAUCAGGGACAACUCGUUGAUCUUGUUCAAAGAGAAGUCAAAUCACUCCUUCACUCUGCACUUGAAGUGGCUCUAUGUGUUGUGCGUGCCAAUUCGACUGUUUUGGAAGGUUUGGGAGCAUGCUUGGAAGAGAAAGAGAAGGUCGAAAGCGAGGAACUGCAAGAGUUGUUAAAAUUGGUUGUUGCCCCAACCGAACUCUCACAUUUCUUGAAUGGCAAUCAGGCAUCUCUUCUCCAACUGCAACCGGCGAGUUCUGGGUGAUGACAUCACACGAGCGAACGACCGACCGACCACUUUGGCUUAAUUUCUUCGUCCUAAUUCAGAAACACUAAAAUAUUGUUUCCAAGGGCAAUUCUGGCAUGGAUUCACUCUGACCUUUGUGUGUGUAUAGUAAGGUGGUAAAGGAUCUGUGUCUCUCUCUCUCUAUAGGACUCCUGACAUGAAGCUUUUCAUGUGUGUAAUUACCAUUUGGUAGUCAGAGUGGUGUAUCUAUGUGAAGGCCUUUAAUGUCAGUUAUUAUUUGCAUACAUGUACUUUUGACUGCCCAUCAUAUGCUACUGUAUUGAAUAUAAUGAACGCUUGUAUAUAUACAUAAAAAAAGAGUUAGAACUGUAAGGUGGUGUAUUCGAUUGUACCGAAUUCUUUUUUAAAAAAAAUUCGGUAUUAAUCAUCUAAAAACUCUCCCGUUCUAUAAAGAUAUUUACGUUUA